AUGGGGGUGCAGGCUGAGAGGAGGACCCGAGGCAGGGGGGGCGAGGAAGUCGGCUCACCGGGCAGGGUCCACGGCCACGUUCAGGUGAAGGGCUGGCCCCCCACAACAGGCGGCGAGUCCCAGGGCAAGUCGCUUGGACAUCGCCGGUGCACGACGGCAGACAUCUUACUCGUCUGGCUCUAUACUGAUGAACAGGCAGACGACUCGCCCAGCUUCCUGCCGGAGUGGGGCUCUGGUCUGCGCGCCAUGGAGGGCGAGGUCCUGGCGGAGGAUGAGCUGCUGCGGAAUCUCAGGGACAGCCGCUACCGCUUCCAGAGGCGCAUGCAGCAGCUGAUAGAAAAGUACAACCAGCCCUUCGAGGACGGCCCCGUGGUACAGAUGUCCACGCUGACCUACAAGACGCCCGAGGGACUGCGAAUUUGGGGUGGAGGACUAGUGAAGAGAAGAAGCACAGGACACACGCAGCCUGCAGUGCCCUGGAGCCCUUCGAAAAAUGAGCUGAGAAGGAAGUACUUGAUGCAAGUGGAUAUCGUACUGCAGGAUGAAGGGUAUCUGGAGCCUGCUGGUUACAGAGACGGAAAGGACACCCUGGCCCCAUCAUUGGCCUCGCCCGCCAGACCUGCCCGGGGAUACUGCGAGGACGUCCCUGAAGACAGCCCUGGUGGUCCACUCCAGCCGCCUCCCUCACCCAGGGAGGGUGACGCCUCUCACUCCUGCUCAGCAGGCCAGGCCGUGGUGCUGAGGGGCGACGGCAUCCCCUUACAAGGGACCAGUGGCGGCAGCUUCUCAAGCAGCCCCUGCUCCGAGGCGGGGGAUGUGUGCAACGCGACGCUCAGUGACCUGUACGCGGGCAUGCUGCACUCCAUGAGCCGGCUGCUGGGCGCCAGGCCCUCCUGCAUCAUUUCCACCAAGACACUCAUCGGCCAGAACUGGAGCUCCAGGCGGAGGCACCGGUAUAAGGGCAGAAUGAACAGAACGAGCUGCCAGGGAGGGGGGCGCUCUCGGCGGAGCCCCCGGGAGAGACGUCCACCCUGCUCCAAGCCCCUGGAGGAUGCAGGGACCUUAAGAGAUCGUGGGAACUUGCCCGAUGUUUCUGCCCCUAAGACAGGUUUAAAAUCAGAAAGGGCUCUUCUCAAAGUAAACAAACCCCAGAUCCAUACAUUCAGUCCACCUUGGAAGGAGCUUCAGGGAAUGCCCCGGAAGCAUUCAUCAUUUACUUACUUAGACUCCAAAGCGGUGUCUCCUCUUGAUCAGGAAAACAGAUUCGUGACCUUAAAGUGGUUGAUUUCUCCUGUAAAAAUAGCUUCCAGACCCAGAAUCCUGCAGGGCCAGGCGGGGAGUCGUUUUAAGGAAAUUGAGAUCAAAUUUGACAAGCUUUAUCAAGAGUAUUGCUUGAGUCCUAGGAAAUGGCCCAGCCUGACUUACCCGCCCAGCUCGGCCGUGGAUGUGUACCGAGGUGGUCCCACGAGCCCUGGUAGCCCCCAGGGCUUAGAAGCCCACAGGCUGAGCAGCCCUCUCUGCAAAUCAAAAGCUAAGAGGUUGAGUGAGGCCUUUGAAGGCCUGGGCAGAAGAUCCAUCAGAGUGGGUAGCUGCCUGCCGAAGAGUGGGUCCUUCCCCUCACUUUCAAAGACCGACCCCACCUGCAGCGUGGGCCACCCAGAGCAGACUAUUGACCUUGUUUGUCCAGGAAGUGAUUCGGGAAAGUUUCAGAAAUCGGUAUCACUCAGCAAAGCCAUUUCAGUACCCAGGGUACAACCUCUAGGCUUUGGCAGGGAUCGCUACGAUGAUAUUAAAGAAAAAUUUAACAAGCUUCAUCAGCAGUAUUGCCAAAAGUCGCCUCAGCAGACACAGGCACCUUCAGAUAAAGCAUGUGUGCGGAGAGGGGGCCGGACCCUGGGGUUUCUCACCUGUGGGCAGAGCCGUGCCAAGGCCCGGGGAGGAGGUCGACUCUUAAAGUUCAAAUGGGAAGAGAAGAAGAGACAAGCUGAGGAGGGGGUGGACAGGCUGCUGUGA